CUGGCAUGGGCCGCGGGUCAUAGCUCCACUGGUCGCGCUUUGCCGCAUCGAGAUGGCAUCUACCCCUCCCCCACACUUUUGCGAUUUGAGCCUCAUCGCGAAGAUCGGGCUACCUUCAGCACCAGACGAUUUACCCAAGGAACCAACAUGGCGGACCAAAAAGACUGGAAACAUGACGACUUUCCCUGCACUCUCACCCUCAACAUACCCUUCCCCUCCGCGCACCUCGCCCAAACCGCCCAACGCGCCAUCUCUGUUGAUGCCGAACUCUCACCCCUCGUCCGCCGCGCCUUCUCCCUCAGCACGUCGCCCGAAUCCCCUCAAGAAAGCGUCCUCAAGGUAGAAUACGCAGCAACCACGAAUCGCAUGCUACGCGUCGCCGUCAACGGCUUCAUCGAGAGCAUAGGCGUCGUGAUAGGCGUCAUGAAGGAACUAGACACGGAUAUUGUGUAUGAACCUACCAAAGAAGGACUGGAAGGUGUGCAGGGACUAGACGCGGCCAAAGUAGGAUGAGGGGGACGAGGAGAGCAAUUGCGUCAACCAUCACAUCUACACAAGACGGACAUAUGCGCGCCGACGAAGCCGGCAGAGGAAGCCAAGCAUACAAGAAGAUAGUGGGAGGAUAAAAGAAUCGAGCUCGUCGUGUGCGAGAGAGAGGAAGCGAUCAGUAUAACUCAACGGUCAGGCCGUGGGGGAUGGACGAAAGUCAAUCAUCUACGAAGGAAUUGCCCUUGUACCAGACAGGACAUGCUGAUGGUAUACACUUGGAACGUUCUGCAGUAUCUACAAUAUGAAGAACAGCAAAUAAGAUUGGGGUGCGUGCCCAAGUUUUGUGCUUUCAAUUCUCAGUGCUCUCCGUGUCAUG